GGCUGUCUGCGCCGUCAUGGACGGCCUCGGGAAGCCUGUAGUCGCUGUGGCGGCCGCGGGCUCGAUACUCACCGCCUUCUGUUACUCGCUUUACCACCGCAAACAGGUCACCGCCCGGUCCCUGCAGGAUGCAACAAAACUUCAUUUAGAUGAAAACCUGAAGACUGUUCUGAUGAAUGCACCGGGAAAGUGCCUUCCCUACGCCGUGAUAGAAGGUGCAGUUAAACCUGUCAAAGAAACCCUGAAUAGCCAGUUUGUGGAGGGUUGCAAAGGAGUUAUACAACGGCUUGUUUUACAGGAACAUAAAAUGGUGUGGAAUCGAGCUACCCACAUCUGGAAUGAUUGUGAAAAGAUUAUUCAUCAAAGGACUAACACUGUACCCUUUGACCUUGUGCCUACUGAUGGUAAUCCUGACAUCUCAGUUAGGGUGAUAAAACCCUUGGACUCCUCUGAACUGAACCUAGAAACUAUGUAUGAGAAAUUUCACCCUGUAGUACAAACAUUUACUGAUAUAAUUGGUCAUUUCAUCAGUGGUGAGCGACCAAAGGGAGUCAAAGAGACUGAAGAAAUGCUGAGAGAUAAGGACAUUAUAACUGGAGUUGGGGAACUUGUGUUGGACAGUAACAUUAUUAAGAUACAGCCUCCAAAGCAAGGACUCCAGUACUACUUAAGUCGACUAGACUUUGAGUCUCUUGUUCGAAAACAAGAGUCCAAGGCAAAGCUAUGGAAAAUCCUGACGAUGGUGUUUGGAAUUACAACUUGUAUAAGUUUAUUUUUCAUAUUACGGCAGCAGUAUAAACGUUACAUAAGGGAACAGGAACAGUCAAGGCUGCAGAGAGAAAUUCUGGCAGUGAAGAAGCAGCGUUUGCAGGAGCUUGACUUGACAGAAGAUCAAAUCCCACAAAAUGCAUGUGCCAUCUGUCUAAGCAGGGAACGUUCCUCUGUGUUCCUGGAGUGUGGACACGUCUGCUCUUGUACUGAUUGUUAUGAGGCCUUACCUUUACCUAAGAAAUGUCCUAUUUGUCGAAAUGUUAUCUCCAGAUUAGUCCCAUUGUACAAUAGUUAAGUAUUCACUUUUUUUAACAGCACUUUGUGAAAUGAAAAUGCAUGUCGUUAGGAAAUUAACUGGGGUUGAAAGGUUAAAAACAGUUUGUGUAAAAUUUUAUGUAAGAUGCAUAUACUUAUAAACGUGGUUAUUUGUUUUCUAUUUGGCCUUUUCUUUUCUACAUUUCUUAUGUCCUGUGAUGGACUCACCUCUGGUGGUGAAAUGCAUUUUUAUUCCUUUCCCCAUAAAUACUCACCUGUAUGUCAUAAGAUCACAAGAAAUAGGAGCAGUAGAACACUUUGAAACCAUGUCUCAUAGUUCCAGACUUCCCCAGAAUGAAGGAUAGCCUCUCAGCAUCUGCCCCCUCAUCUAAUCCCCUCAGAAUUUGGAGUCUCACUAAGAUCCCCUCAUAUUAUGCUAAACUCUAUUGUGUAUCAGCCUAACCUUUCCUCAGUAAAACAGCCCCUUCAUUCUAGUCAUCAGCCCAUUGUGCCUCUAAUUCCAGGAUAUGUAUGUCCCUCAUUAUAUAAGAUUACAUACAGUACGUUGGCUGUCCACUGCAGCUGUAGUUAGCCUCGCCGUUUUUAUAAUCCAUCACUUUUAAGUCAAAAUCAAAAUUCCAUCUGACUUCCAAUAACUUACUGUGCCUGCUUGCUAGCUUUGUGAGAUUAAUGUACAAAGGUACUCAGAUCUGCUGUACCAAAGCAUUCUGUCAUCAUCCUCCAGUUAAAUAAUAAACUGCUUUCUAUUCUUCAUGCCAAAGUGGACUACCUUACAUUUUCAAACAUUAUAGACCAUCUGUCAGCUUUCUUGUUUAUUUGCUUAACCUAUCUAUAUCCCUUUCCAGAUUCUUUGUAUCAUCCUCACAGCUUGCAUUCCAUCCUGUCUUCAUAAUGUCAGCAAAUUUGCCUGCAUUACAGUUAGUCUCAAUCCAAUCUAAUACAGGUUGCAAAUAGUUUAAGCCGUCACAUUGAUCCCUGUUGCACUCCACAAAUUGAAGUUUGCCAACCUGAAAAUCACCCCCGUACCCUGAUUCUGUUUCCUGUUAGCUAGUUAGUUCUUUGCCUUGGUAAAAUAUCACCCCAAUGCCAUAAGCUCUUGUUUGGUGAACUUUUAUGUGGAACUUUAUGGAAUAUGUUUUGGAAAUGCAAAUGCAUAAUAUCUGGUUGAAUAGAGAGAGCAGGAGGGCAUGCCAGGAACAGCACCAGGUAUACCUAAAGAUGAAGUGUCAAUCUGGUCGAGCUCCACAGGACUACUUCAUGCCAAAUAACAUAAUCAGCAAAUGAUAGACAGGGCUAAGUAAGUCUACAGCCGACAGUCAGAUCUAAGCUGUGCAGUCCUGCCACAACUAGUUAAGAAUGGUGGUGGGCAAUUAAACUCCUCACUAGAGGAGGAGGUUCCACAAAUAUCCCCAUCCUCAUUGAUGGGGAAGCCCAGCAUAUCAGUGUAAAAGAUAAUACUGAAGCAUUUGCAGCAAUCUUCAGCGAGGACUGUUGAGUGGAUGAUCCAUCUUGGCCUCCUCCAGUGAUCCCCAGUAACACAGAUACCAGUCUUUAGCCAAAUCAAUUCCAUCUGUGUGAUAUGAAGAAAUGAUAGAAGCACUGGAUAGUGCAAAGUCAAUGAGCCCUGGCAAUAUUCUGGCAAUAAUACUGAAGAUUUGAACUCCAGAACUUGCUGCCCCCACCACUCCCCAGCCAAUCUUGGCCAGUGCAGUUACAAUACUGGCACCUAGUCAACUGUGAAAAGUUGUCCAGGUAUGUCCUGUACACAAAAAACAGGUCCGAUUCAACCCAGCCAAUUAUCCAGUCUACUCUCAAUCCUCAGUAAAGUCCUCGCUCUCACAAAUAUUUAAUAAUCCCUCCUUAACUGCAUUCUGUGGCAAGGAGCUUCAAAGUUACUUAACCCUUAGAGAACAAAAAGAUUCUUGUCAUCCUGUCCUGAAAGGGGAAAUUAUAAUUUUAAAACAAGGUCCCUGAUGUGUAGACUGAUGAACAAGAGGAAACAUCCUUUUUGAGAGAAUUUGUAGCUCAGGUUGAGGUUCUGGAUGUAGGCUUGUUCGCUGAGCUGGAUGGUUAGUUUUCAGUAGUUUCAUCACCAUACUAGAUAACAUCAGUGAGCCUCUGGAUGAAGCAGUGGUGUUAUGGCCCACUCUUUAUUUGUGUUUAUGUUUCUUUGGGUUGGUGAUGUCAUUUCUUAGAAACAUGGCAUUCCAACCGAAACACACUCAACAAAUACAUUGACUUGGAUCCCAUUUACCACACCUGAAAGAACAGGAAAUGACAUCACCAACCCAAGGAAACCUAAACACAUAAAUAAAAAGUGGGCCGUACCAUCGGUGGUUCAUCUGGAGGUUCACUGAUGAUGUUACCUAGUAUGGUGAUGAAACAUCUGAAAACGAACCUUCCAGCUCAGUGAGCAACCCUACAUCUAGGAAACAUCGUUUUCACAUCAAUCUUGUUAAGAUGAUUCAGGAUCCUGUACUUUUUAAUCAAGUCACUCUCACUCUGCUAAACUCCAACUUAGCUACUAUGCUUGUCCUCUCCUCAUCUAAGUAAGUAAUGGAAAUUGUAUAAAUUUAAAGGCCCAACACAGACGCCUGUGGAUUUUCACUUAUUACAUUUUGCAAUCAAAGUUUGUGCACUUUUUUUGCGAGCUAUCCAGGCUAUUAUCCAUGCUAAAACAUUACCCCCUCCACCUAUUUUCUGUAAUUGCUUUUGAAAUGGCACCUUACCAAAUGCUUUCUUAAAAUCCAAGCACAUUUUAUUUGCAGGUUUGCUUCAUCCACAACGCAAGUUACUCCUUCAAAGACUGCUAUAAAUUGCUUAAACAUCAUUUCCCCUUGGUGCCUCUUCUGAAUUAAUUUGACUUUUUCCUGAGAAAAGCAGUUAUAAGUUCUUUUAGGAUUUAGUUCUAACACCUUCCCCAUGGGAAGCUAACUGACUAUAGUUUCCUAUUUUCUACCUCCCUCCUUGAAAAGGCAGUUAUGUUUUCUACUUCCCAGUCUUUAAGAACCUUUCCUGCACAUAAGGAUCUUUAGAAAAUUAAAUCAAAGCAUCCACAACCUCAUUUAAAGGAGGUUGUUAAGGCCCUAGGAUGAUGCUCAUCAGGAGGUUUGUCAGCUCCCAUCUCCAUCAGGUUACUUGUACCACUUCUCUUAAGAUUGGAAUUUCACGAAGUUCCAUUCCUUACCAUUCCUUUCGUACAACAUCUUUAAUUAUUCUUGGCUCAUUGCACAAUGCCAGGUCCAAAAUCCUCCAGAGUACCUUUAUCAAUUUGAUUUGUCCAAUCAAUGUGAAGGUUAAUGAUUUCAGAGAGAAACCUCACUUUGGGCAUGGUAGCUAGUGUACUGCAUUGCCAGUGAUAUGGUCAAUUGGUUUUGAAGUCAUUGUUAGCAAUCAUUUAAAGAUUUUUUUUCAAUUAAUCUGCUUUACUAUGAAUCAGGUUUUCUUGUACUAAUGAGUUAAAAUGCGGUUUACACAAAAUUCACGGGUCUGAUUGUUUUUAUGUAUUUCAUUGUCUUGGUACAUAGUCGGAUCUUAUUAAAGGAAGCAGCAUUGCUCAUA